AGCGCGGAUUGUAUCCUACUUAUUAUCGAGUUAAUAAUAAAAGUUUGACAUCCCAAGAGAAACCCUGUAAUGACCGGACGAACUCAAAGCAGGUUUUCUUUCUCUCUCUCUCGAAUUGCUUGAUUCUGUUCAAUUGUUUCAUAUCGAGAAAGCAGCUUGUUCACUUGAAAUAUGGAUGCUCUGAGUAGUUUUCAAGGCAGCAAUUCGCUUGAGGUUAAAAUGGAAGAUAGAGCUAUUGCUCAACCUGAAUGUGGACGCCCACCAAUUGUGUCUGAGGCAAAGAGGGCUGCUGUGCAGGAAGAGCUGAAGAGAGUUAAUAAACUUCCGGCAACAAGCACUUAUGCUUCUCAUCGACUGCGGGUUCUCAAUAAAAUUCUGCAGCUUUUGUCUGUCCAGAGAUCUUCAUCAGAAGAAAUGGAGUUGGAGUUGCUCUUUGCUGGGCUGUCUCUGUGAUUCAACUUUCAACCUUCUAGCUUGCUGUGGUCAACUCUAAAUUGAGUAUAUUCAAUACUGAAUUGGGGAUUUCUGCUUGUUGAGCGCAGAUGGGAGAAGAAGUAGACCCUACUCUACUCUUGAUGCCAACAUGUAAUUAUUUUCCUUGCUUUGGGGUUUGAGGAGAAGAGGAAGGGGGUUCAGCUUGUGAUAUAUGAAUGUGUUUUUAUCGAUAUGGUAUGCUUUUAUGCUGUGGGAAAGAGUGUAUUUACUCAUAUGGUGUAAGAGAUCUUAGAUUCACAAGUUACUUACCUUUCUUAGGACUUAGUUAAGUGGUCAGAUUGUCGUUGAUUGUAUAUAUGACUAACUUUUAUUUCAUGUUUUUCUUUUUCCUCGUUGAUAAUCAGCUUUAGCUUAUUAUUAUCAGUACUAGCUGAUAUAGUUAGUACUGACUAUUAACACCUCUUAGCACGGUUAUUUUGUUGUAUAUUUUUUUUAACCUGAUUUUUGGUGUGAUCUAAAAAUCAACUUAUCCAUUACAAUGUUUGGUUUGUUGUAAUGGGAAUUGUAGUGGAAUCAACUUAUCUAUUACAAUGUUUGUUUUGCUUUUAAAAA